AUGAUUUGUACCGAGAAAAAGAAAAACGGAACGAUAUCAACGGCCGAUAUGGUUAAUCGCUUGUUCUUGGCAAUUACCUUUGACAAAGCCUAUCCGCAAAGAAAGAAGAGGCUCAUCGACAUCCCAAUUUCUAAGCAACAAUUCGAAGCCAGUACCACGAGUGGCCAGUCUCACGUAAUCAUUCCAGAAUUGCGGGAAUUAAGGUUUCUAGAACCAAUUGCUGACGAUGCUGAAACAUCAACACGUAAAUUCUUGUUUUUCGGUAGUACGUCACUUCUUUCUCCAUCCACGUGUCAUCCUUCUGACCUCGGCGCAGCAGGGAAGAUCUGCGGUGGUGCUCUACUCAACAUGUCAAUGGAAUUGCACAUCAAUUACGUUACCAUUACCAACGGACAAACCAUAUUUCCUUUGCGAGACGCGAUGAAUCAACUCUAUCGGUUCGGUCAAAUGUCUUAA